AGAAACCGCUCAGAAACGGGGGAGGCUUCUGGCUGAGACCGCUGCACAAGCCAGAGGUCUCCUGGCCUCGGUCCCUCCCCGCCUGGGGCUGGGGGCAGGGACCUCAGCAUCUCAGCUGCCAGCUGCACAGACUGCUCGGUCACUUCCUGGCUAGUUCCGUGUCCCUGAGUGUGUGACUAGAUUAGGGCUCGCUGUGCCGGGCCACAGCCACAUCAGACACCCCUGUCCAGUUAAUUUCUUCUUCCUUGAGUCCCACUGCCGAGCAGGAAGUCACAGCCCAGAGCAGCCGGCGCCAAGCCCCGGUGGCAUGUGGGUGCUCCUGCUUCUGUGGCCCCUGGUGCUGGGUCUCAGCCUGGAGAGUGACAUCCAGAACCCCAUCAGCUACGACGAGAGUGGGAGUGCAGGAGGAGGCGAUGGUCUCUCUCCCCCAGAUGGCACACUGGGAUCCUGCACCAGGCCCCAGGCGGCGCCCCGCAGCUUCCCCGGCCAGCUGUGCUCCAACCACAGCGAUAUCCUGGAGCUCCCGGACAGCUCCCGUGCACUUCUGCUGGGCUGGGUGCCCACGAGGCUGGUGCCCUCCCUCUAUGGGCUGGCCCUGGUCAUAGGGCUGCCCGCCAACAGCCUGGCACUGUGGGUGCUGGCCACACGGGUGCCACGGAUGCCCUCCACGGUGCUGCUGAUGAACCUGGCGGUGGCCGACCUACUGCUAGCCCUGGUGCUGCCUCCGCGCAUCGCGUACCACCUGCAGGGCCAGCGAUGGCCCUUGGGCGAGGUCGCCUGUCGCCUGGCCACAGCCACGCUGUAUGGCCACAUGUAUGGCUCCGUGCUGCUGCUGGCCGCCGUCAGCCUGGACCGCUACCUGGGUGUGGUGCAUCCACUGCGGGCCCGCACCCUCCGGGGCCAGUGCCUAGCUUCUGGGCUCUGUGCCAUGGCCUGGCUGGUGGCAGCUGCCCUGGCGCUGCCCCUGGCACUGCAGCAGCAGACCUACCGGCUGUCACACUCGGACCACGUGCUCUGCCAUGACGUGCUGCCUGUGGGCACCCAGGCCUCCUACUGGCGGCCUGUCUUCAUCUGCCUGGCCGUGCUCGGCUGCUUCCUGCCUCUGCUGGCCAUGCUGCUGAGCUACGGGGCCACCCUUUGCACGCUGGCAGCCGGUGGCCGGCGCUAUAGCCACGCGCUGAGGCUGACCACGCUGGUGCUGGCCUCGGCUGUGGCUUUCUUCACCCCCAGCAACAUCCUGCUGCUCCUGCACUACUCGAACCCAAGCGCGGAUGCCUGGGGGGACCUGUACGCCGCCUAUGUGCCCAGUCUGGCACUCAGCACGCUCAACAGCUGCGUGGACCCCUUCGUCUACUAUUACGUGUCAGCUGAGUUUAGGGACAAGGUGCGGGAGGGGCUGCUCUGCUGGAAGCCCGGCCCCUCAGCGGCCUCCAGGGAGGGGGGCAGCCCUGGGUUGGGCACCCGGUCCUCCUCACUCGUGUGAUGGCCCCUCAGAGGGGGGCCAAAUGGGAAGAGGGUGUCCUGGGUUGCAUAGGGUGCCCUCCCCAUUCAUGUCCACUAGGAACCUCUGAAUAGGAUCUUAUUUGGAAAGAGGAUCUUUGCAGGUGUCAUUAGUUAAGAUGAGGUUGCAUUGGAGGAGGAUGGCCCCUAAAUCCAACAUGACUAGUGUCCUAAUAAAAGGACUCAGAGACACACACACAGGGAAAGCCAUGUGGCCGUGGCACCAGGCUGAUGCUCACACAAGCCAAGGAAUGCCACGUCUGUGAGAGACACACUCACUGGUCCAAAUUCAAUAAGUGGACAUGGAGACAGA